UGUAUCUAGUGGCAAUCUCUUGAGUAAGUUAGUGUCUCACGCUGGUGCGAGUAUAGCAACCUCGGCUCCUUUUGGUGAAAUUAAGUUAAACAGGGGAGAGCACUCAUUUCUGCAAGUCUCUUGGAUUUCUCCUCGUAAAUGACGUUUAAAUUUCUGUAUAGAUUGUUGCAGAGAUCAAGUAUUGACAGGUUGCACGGCGUUUUUAUACCUUAUUAGCUAAAUUGACAAACAGGUMAUUUAUCUUGGUGAAGCUUUAGGUGAGGCUACAUUCCGUUCUCUUCAAUGGACAGAAAACACCGGUAGAAGAUUUCUUAAUAAGUUGUGCAGAUAUGUUGAAMACUAUUCAGCUGUUGUGAACAAUCAUCGAUACACCAUCGCGUUACUUUUUUCCAAUUGAUAGUAGAUAUUGGUCAGCGACAGGACAUGGAUCUGAGACCAGAGCUCUCCACGGCGCCGUCAGGAUCUCAGGUCCACCCUGGAGCCGGAGGGUCUGUCAACAUCCCCGUCUCCAUGGCCAGUAGCCUCCUGCGUGGUCCGAUGCUAUAUCGCACAACGGAGAAGUAUCCUCGCACCCCGAAGUGCGCCCGCUGCAGGAAUCAUGGCGUGGUAUCUGCGCUGAAGGGCCAUAAACGUUAUUGCCGCUGGAAGGACUGUAUGUGCGCCAAAUGCACCCUAAUCGCCGAGAGACAGCGCGUCAUGGCCGCACAAGUGGCUCUCCGUCGACAACAAGCUCAGGAGGAGAACGAAGCCCGGGAGCUGCAGCUCCUGUAUGGGACAGCAGAAGGGCUAGCUCUGGCGGCCGCCAACGGCAUUAUACCACCUCGUCAGAAUUAUGAGCUCUUUGGUUCUGUCAACAACGAAAGUAACUCAGAUUUAAGCAUGCAGAAGUAUGAAUUGUUUCCGAAGUCCCAAAUGUCGGCAUCAGUGACCCAGCAGCAGACGGUGGGCAAAUCGGUUUCCACUGACAGCGAACCAGGGAUCUCCUCCCCAGACGCGCGUCAUGGCUCUGGCUCUGAGAAUGGAGACGGAGAGUCGUUCAUCAGCUCUCCUGUCUCCAAGGCUCUGAAAGACGGAGAGGACACCCCGGGUUCGAUUAGCCCCCUAGGUUCUGACUCGGGUUCGGAGACCGACAAAGAUGAUCAAGAACCCUCCCCAUCAUCGGCCGCCUCCAGGCAAAUGAACCCAAUCGAUAUAUUGACCAGAGUGUUCCCCAGCCACAAGCGCAGUGUUCUGGAAUUGGUUCUACAAGGCUGCGGGAAAGACGUGGUGCAGGCCAUCGAGCAAAUUCUCAACAACAGUGGACAAGCCAAGGCCCCGGAGCAGGUGUGGACAGCAGAACGCAUACUCCAGAGCGCACAGCCUCCCCUCUCCUCCACUCCAAGGCCCAUGUUACCGGGAGCCAUGACGCUGAGCAACCGCUCCGCCUUCUCUCCACUGCAGCCAAACGCGCCACACUUUGGCGCUGAUCCCAGCACCUACCCCCUGAGCACUCAUCUAGGACUAAACCCCUUGCGCCUGGCCUACUCGGCCCACAGCAGAGGGCUCACCUUCAUGACACCCUACUCCACCACGGGGUUGAUGCCAACUCUGGGCUUCAGGCCGCCCAUGGACUACGCAUUCAGUGACCUCAUACGGGACAGGACACUCUUGCACAAGGACCAGGGGUACACCAAUGGGCUGUACAGGCCCCUCGGCAACAACAACACAGACAAACCGUGAGACUGAGAAUGUACAAUGUGUCAUGAACGCAGUCCUGUUGGGACUAUGAUUCAAGUGGACACAUUCAGAGAGGGACACUGUAUUUGUAGCCACAAGUGUUGAAUGUUAUGGAGAGAUCAGUAACGUGUUUGGCUAUUGCACUGCUGUACAUAAUGCUUUGCUUUUAGUCGGUUUGCUUGCCCAAAAUGGCAUCGGAAACCAAGCUCACUUAUAUAUAACUUUGUUUUCUUAGAGAUAGACUAUUAUUCCUUAUACAUAUGUAUUGCUAUAAAUCCCCCGCCAAGUGUGUAACCUGAAMAUAUCUAGUCAAACUAUUUUGUCUGAAAAUAUUACUUAAAGGGGUUGCAAUUCCCUAAWAACGGACAGGCAAACUAUUCAUCACACCAUAAUGUAUGCAGUCGCAUUAUAAUCGAGUGCAUAUACGGAGAAGAUACAAAUUCUAACUUCGAUAUGAUUCCUGUAAAUUGUAUGGUUUCGAUAUUGAAAAAGUGUUUGCGUCCCAACCCAAGUGGGUUGUUUGAUGAUCCUGGUGCAAUUGUUACUUUUACCUUUUCAUUCCGAGUAAUUCUUUUCUGGAAGAAAACAUCCAACCUUACUAACGAAUUAUUGCUCACUCUUUUUUAGUAGCAUACAUCCAUGCUUAAAAAAACGUUUAAGCGGGCUGUCUUAAAUUAUUACCAUAACGUGUAAAUUACUGACGUUGAACAUUUAAAAACGGAAGCUUAAUUGUAAAACUAUUGAUGUAUUGGCAUUCCUUUUCUGACUUAGUUUUUAUUGUUUCUCCAACAGUACAGUGUAUAUUGAAUUUGAUUAUAUAAGAUUAUUAUAUUACAGUUGACUUUACCUGUGUACUUGACCCAGCAUUUAUCAGCUACAACCGUUCUUCUCUAUUUUGUGAAAUUGCAUUUUUUGUCCUGAAAAGUCUAUUGGUUUUCUGUCACAAGCUGUACCGUCACAUGUGGAAUUGCUGGAAAUAAAUGUUAUUUUAUACAAAA